AUGGGGAAGAAGGGAAAAGCGAUCAUCGUAGGAGGAAGUAUAGCAGGCGUAUCGUGCGCACACACGCUCACGUUAGCAGGCUGGGAUGUUUUAGUGCUCGAGAAGUCUUCCGAACCUCCGGCUCGGAGCCCUACUGGUGCUGGGCUCGGACUCGACCCCCAGGCUCGGCAAAUCAUCAAAUCCUGGCUUCCUCAUCCACACCUCUUAGAUGAAAUCACCUUGCCUCUCUCGAUUGAUCAGACAACAGAUAGUGAGAAGAAAGUGACGCGAGUUUUAACGAGAGACGAGAAUUUCGAUUUCCGAGCAGCGUAUUGGUCAGAUAUUCACGCUCUUCUGUAUAACGCAUUGCCUCAAACCAUGUUUCUUUGGGGUCACAAGUUUCUGUCUUUCACCGAUUCACAAGAUGAGUCCUCUGUAAAGGUUAAGACUUUAGUCAUCGAAACUCAAGAAACCGUUGAGAUCCAGGGAGAUCUACUCGUUGCAGCUGAUGGGUGUCUCUCUUCCAUUCGGAAAACAUUCCUACCAAACCUUAAAUUGAGGUACUCUGGUUAUUGCGCUUGGAGAGGUGUUUAUGAUUUCUCAGGGAUUGAGAACUCGGAGACGGUUAGAGGAAUCAAGAAAGAGUAUCAGGAUCUUGGGAAAUGCUUGUAUUUCGAUCUCGGUACACAGACUCAUAGCGUGUUUUACGAGCUUAUCAACAAGAAACUCAACUGGAUUUGGUACGUCAAUCAACCGGAGCCUGAGCUCAAGAGCAACUCUGUUACUCUAAAAGUAAGUGAAGAAAUGAUGAAGAAGAUGCAUGAAGAAGCAGACACUAUCUGGAUCCCGGAGCUGGCGAGACUCAUGAAAGAGACAAACGAUCCAUUCCUUAAUGUUAUCUACGACUGUGAGCCUUUAGAACGGAUCUUCUGGGGGAAUGUGGUGCUGGUUGGAGACGCAGCUCAUCCCACGACCCCUCAUGGUCUAAGAAGCACGAACAUGUCGGUUCUUGACGCGGAAGUGCUAGGCAAAUGCUUGGAGAAAUGUGGACGUGAGAAUCUAAGUUUAGGUCUUGAGGAAUAUCAGAGGAUAAGACUGCAUGUUGUUUCUGAGCAAGUCUUGUAUGCGAGGCGUUUGGGGCGUAUCAAGCAAGGUCUGGAUAGUAGUGGAGGUUUAGGAUUGGAACAGAAACACAUGCCAUUCUUUGCUAGUGCUCCUCUUGUCUAG